UGCAUUAUAUUUUCGUUUUUGAUUUCUGUUAUUUUUAUACUCAAAAUAAGAUUGUUGAAGAGCAAUGGCUGAUGUUAAGGAAAUUUCAUGUAGGUUUUGCCUUAAAAAUAUAACCGAUGGAAGUUUUGAAGUAGUAAACAAUAUUAUCAGAGACAUUCUAGAUGUUCUUUUGCUGAAAUUGAAAUUUGAUAACGAGGUUGUAUGUAGCGUUUGCAGAAGAAAGUUAAAUGCGGCGUUAGAAUUCAAGUCGACCUGCCUGAAUACCGAUAACAUAAUUAUUCCUUAUGUGGACAGCGUCAAAAUGUUACAGCUCGACUUAAAAGAAGUGUACAUCCAGGAAAAGAAAAGCGAAUUAGUGUACAGUCAGAAAAUAUGUCGAUUGUGUAUGCACCCAAUAGAAAGUGAGUUUAGGUGCAUACGUGAAGAGGAACUUGAAGCUAUUGAGAAAUUGGCUCCUGAAAUGAAUAUAAGUAUCAUCAAAGAUCCCGUUGUUUGUAAGCCAUGCUUCGAUUCUCUGAGUACUCACAACAGUUUCCUUAAAGAUUGUUCAGGGGUAGAAGAAAAAAUUAAAAGUCCUCUUGAUAGUUCAGCCAGAGGAAGCCAAAUAGAUACGUGUCCCCUUGAUUUAUUCAUUAAGACUGAAAACCUGGACAAGGAAUUCGAUAUUAACGAGAUGGAAAUAUCGAUCAAAGCUGAAAGUAUCGACAUAAAGUCGGAAGACGAGGAAAUGAGCGACACACCACUGCAGAGCUCCGAUGCCGUACCAUUCGAGGUGAGUGUCUGUAAAGAUGAAGAAGAGGAUGGAUGUAAACAUGAGAAUGGAUCAGAAAUAAAAAUCAAGCAGGAGCGCAAAGUAUUGUACAAAUGUGAUAAAUGUAUUUACGAAACUGGAAGUAAGAUCCGUUUUACGGCACACUGUGCGAGACACGAGAACGAUUGGAAAGGGUAUAAAUGUGAAUCCUGCGAGUAUAAAACUGAAAAGAAGAAAUUACCUCAGAGACAUUUGUUGAGGCAUAAAGAUCCAUCUCAGGUUCAAAUGUACAGGUGUAACGACUGCGAUUUCGAAACUAAAUACAGCCACUAUAUGAAACAACACCAAUUGAAGCAUAAAGAUCCAUCACAGGUUCAAAUGUACAGGUGUAACGACUGCGAUUUCGAAACUAAAUAUAAGAGUUCAAAUGUACNUUUGGAAGCGUAUAAAUGUGAAUCGUGUGAAUAUGAAACUGAAAAUAAGAAAUUACUUCAAAGGCACCUGGUGAGGCAUAGAGACCCUUCGAAGUACAGGUGUAACGACUGCGAUUACGAAACUAAAUACAAGCAUGCUCUCACAAAGCACCUAGUGAAACACAAAGAUCCUUCACAGGUUCAAAUGUAUAAGUGUAACGACUGCAAUUUCAAAACUAAAUACAAGCAUGCUCUCACAAAUCACCAAGUGAAACAUAAAGAUCCUUCACAGGUUCAAACGUACAAGUGUAAUGACUGCAAUUAUAAAACUAGAUACAACUGGAAUAUGAAAGAACACCAACUGAAGCAUAAAAAUACUUCACAGGUUUAAAUAUACAGGUGUAACGACGGCGAUUUCGAAACUAAAAAUACAAACAUAUCAAAAGGCAUCAACUGACAGAUAAAGGGUUCAUCACGGGUUCAAAUGUACAAAAGUAUGGACUGCAAUUCUGAAACUCAAUUAAAGGAUAAAUAGAUAGAUAUAUAUUUGGGUGGCCCAAAAUAAAACGAAUAUUUUUUUUGUGUCUUGUGAAAAUAUGUUAGUUUAUCAUGUUUUAA